CCAACUUUGAGGCUUUUCAAAACGUCGACAGAUGUUUAACAAUUCUUUAUUACGGACGUAUUAAUCACUAAAUAUGGAUGAUUCUCAUCUAUCAGCAUCCGCUUUCAAUAGUAUGAAACCAACAAACAUUUGCUGCAACAUCGAGCGACACUUUUGAAAAAUACCUUAUUUCAAAGCUUAGAGGAAGACAUACAAAAUAAAUAGAAAUUUGAGUUCCAGUAGAAGUGCAACGACUUGUGUACAGUAUUGUUUAAGCCUUUAACUAAAUUUUUUACUGAUAUAGUGAAGAUUUGUAACUCAGAUAGAUGCUAUUUUCUUUGAAUUGGAUAGUCUCUUUAUGAAGUUUUCAUUGCUGUUCUGAAUACUAUCAUCGACGCUUACUUGUACCUGGCCUAGAAAAGACAAUACAACAAAAUUUCUUUCAGUGCUGUAUUAUAAAAAUCAGUUUUUCGAUUUCAUCACUGAAUGAAUCAAAUUUUAUUAAGAAUUUUGAAAUCUCAUGUUAACAAGCAGUCUUUUUUAGAUCAACUUAAAGCAUUCAACGAAAAGCCAAAUAUAUUAGCUGCUGUCAUCUCAUGUGUCGAUUCACGUGUUUUAACAUCAAAACUUUUAUGCUCAAAUGUUGGUGAAUUAUUUAUCGAAAGAAAUCCAGGAAAUUUCAUUUGUUGUGAAAAUUCUUCAUUGGAACAUUUUAAUAAGAAUUGUGUUACACCAGGAUUUUUAGAGUUGACUUUAAUACGAUGUAGAAUUAACGACAUCAUUAUUUGUGGCCAUUCAGAUUGUCGGGCUAUGAAUUUAUUAAAUAACUUGGGAAAAUGUAAAUAUGAAAGAAGUCAUCCUUAUCUUGCUCAUCAUGAGCAGCAUCAACCUAUCGAUGUUCAAAAUGAAAAUAAUAAAAUGACAUCAAGUCCUUUAGAAAAGUGGAUUUGGGAAAAUGGAUGUAAAACUUUACAAAAUUUUAAUCUUAAAUCUGAUAUUCUCAGUUUUAAAUCAUCAUCAAUUCAUUCAAAAUGUCCAACACUUGAACUUGAUUUAAAUUUGGCUAAACAUUUAACAGAAGUUGAUUUACUUUCUCAAGCAAAUGUAUUACAACAAAUGAUACAUGUAUAUUCAUAUGAAAUGUUAACAAAUCAAUUAGCACAAAAUUUAUUACGUAUACAUGGAAUAUGGUUUGAAUUAUACUCAGGUAGAGUAUUAAUAUAUAGUCGUUUAAAUAAAGCAUUUCUACCUAUUACUGAAGAGACAAUUACUUCAUUACUUCAUGAAUUAUAA